CACUGAGACUUCCGGUCUGCGCAAAAUAUUGAUGUGAUCUAUGUUUACAUGUUAUUAACGUAAUUUUCACCACAUAUGUGAUAAAUUUGCAGUAUAUAGCUCAAGACGAUACAUAUAUUUGCAGACUCUUACAAUGUAGACUUGGAAUUUCGCUUAGUUAGCCGUAAAAGUUGUAGAACUAGAAAACAAUGUUGUGAUAAUGUGCUCUUUGCAAAACGGCCUCGGAUCCCUAAAGCCUUAUGACUACUUGCUUAAGUUUCUGCUGGUAGGGGACAGUGAUGUUGGAAAAGAAGAGCUGUUGAGUGGGAUGGAGGAUGGGGCUACAGAAUCCCCAUACCCCAGUACUGACGGCAUUGACUACAAAACAACUACCAUUUUGCUAGAUGGGAAAAGGGUGAAACUACAGUUAUGGGAUACGUCAGGACAGGGACGAUUUUGUACUAUAUUUAGGUCCUAUUCAAGGGGAGCUCAGGGCAUUCUUCUAGUAUAUGACAUUACAAAUAAAUGGUCCUUUGAUGGAAUAGCCAGAUGGAUCAAAGAAAUUGAUGAGCAUGCACCAGGUGUUCCAAAAAUUUUGGUGGGAAAUCGUCUUCAUAUGGCAUACAAGCGGCAAGUCAGUGAGCAGAUGGCUGAGUCGUAUGCUCUGAAGAAUGACAUGGCCUUCUUUGAAGUCAGUCCUCUGUGUGACUUCAAUGUGACGGAAUCUUUUGCAGAACUAUCCAGAGUGGCAUUAAAACGUAAUGGAAUGAGAAGGACAUGGGGCACUGAUAAAGUCCUGACAUUGAAGGAGAUAGCGUGCAGAUGUAUAGUAGCUAACACAACAAUAUACGGAAUAGACAGACUGCCUUUACCUCAGUCAUUGACCUCUCACCUUAAAUCUUAUGCAUUGACAAAUAAAACCCGAGUUCGAAUGCAGAGUUUUGUUCACCGAAAAAUUAAAUAUCUCAACCCAACGGAUACCUCACCUGCACAUUGUAGACAGAGUUGUUGCAUCAGCUAGCGACAGUUAAGUGGCUGCAGGCCGUUGCAUACUUCUUCCAUAUUGAUCUGCAUUGGUUUUCAGAGCAUCUCUUUAAUAACUCGACACAGAAGCUUAAGAUGUUGUAUUUUUGAAUACUGAUUUUCAGUGGCAUUACUGGAUAGUUAAUGUUGAAUAUUCUGUCAGAUAUUUGCUACAUAGUAUGAUCAUUGGUUUUCUUUUUUAAUUAUUAUCAUAAUAUUACACGUAAUCAUUAAUUUAAAGGUUAUUUAAGGGUGUUUAACAUUCCUAGACCUGUGAUAAACAUUUUAAGGCUCCUGAAAACAAAACUUCUUCCUUUGUUUGCUUUGUAUUGUGGUGUCAAAUAUACAUGUAUGGCUGCUUUGUUAAACUAUUACAUAUACUAGAUGCUUUGAAUGUUAGGAUUUAUUUUUUCUUACUUAAGACUGAAAAAAAUAAUUUUGUUUGUUUGUUUAGAAAGCUUGGAACUUGCAUGUUAAAAUGAAUGAGAAUCCCUUGUAAAAAAGUGCUAGUCAGUAUCCGUGAUAGAGUUAUAGGUAUAAAUGUUUGUGAGGACUGUGUUUCGUGUUUGAGAAUUUUUGUCCACUGUGAAGUAUUAUUGUUGUGAUCUCGAGACUUCCUUUUCAUGUUUUGUUGAGUUUGUGCUUGUAGAUGACUGGGCACUUUGGCAACCACAAAGUCACCUGGAGUGAAUUAAAUAGUUUAUAAUUGUUGGGAAAGAAAAAGUUGCUUUUGAUGUAUCUUUUAUUUGUUCAGUACUUCUCUCUCUCAUAUAUAUGUCUGUAGUACCUAGUAGUUGUACCAGUAUUUCUAAUAUAAAAUCAUAAAUUCAGAACAUUGUACAGCAUUGUAUAUGUGAAUGUACAUUUUGGGAGGUUAAAGAAAUGCCUCCAAUUCAACAAAAAGGUUUGUACUAUUUUCAAGGCGAAGAAAGGCCUCUGUAUUGAAGAAACAGAAUUUUGCUUGCAUAUUUAAAAAGGACAAAAAAUGGGAGACUUUUUUUCUAAAAUUUAUUGUGGUUUACCACAAAAAUAAAUGUUUAUGAAAGCUAUGUUGGGUGCUGUCAUUUUUAGAAAAUACAAGAUGUUUUCACUGUUCCCAGGAGUGAAAAUUAUCAGAUACACUGCACAUUGUUGUGUACAUGUUUUUUUUUCACAAAGAGUGAAAAUGUAGAGGUACAUGUAGAUUUGUAGAAAUGUGGUAUAUACUUAGUAAAACAAGGAGGACUUUGAGACGAUGCUGGUUGUGUUUUCUAUAUUUAUUUGAAUUAAUUUAAAUGAUGUAUUCAGUGUGUAAAUACCAGUUGUUGUGUUGGUGCUAAAACCAGAUUUUGUACUUUUUCAUUAUAUAUUCAUACAAAGAAAACAUCAAAAGUAGUGAAUUUAUGUAACAUUUGGUGCAAUUUUUCUACUUUUCCUUAUUAAGAAAAAAAAAAAUGAAAAAAAAUCAUUAUUCUUGGUGAUUUUUUUUUUCCAAUUAUCACGACAUAUUUGUCUAGUUUCCUACAUUAUAAGUUAAGUAUACAAUUUUUUGUAUCUGACAGUUU